AUGGCGUCAACCGGCGACUCGACUCCUGCUACUAACGUGGAUGUGGACCAAUUUACUCAGUCAAUCAAAAGUAUUGACCGCACGUCCUUUGCGUACGAUGGCGACCGUGUCAAAGCGUUGAGAGAGGCGUACUCUCUGAUCAGUCGCCUAGAAACUUCGUGGGAUACCGUGGCGCGUCUUUGCCUUACACAGCCUGCCCUGACCGCGGCCCUCAAAGUGAGCCAGGACCUUCAGCUCUUCGAGAAAUGGCUCCAAACCCCAUCCUUCUCGGUGAGACAAAGUCGCAUUCUCCGCAAUCUGGCAUCCACCAACAUUAUCAUCGAGGUCUCCGCCGACCACUACAAGCAAUCCGCAUUCAGCAGAUCCCUCCUCGAGCCCGUCUUCGGAGCCUGGAUCCCAUUUCUCCACGACACAGUGAACCCCUGCUUCGCCAAAAUGCCCGAAUACCUCGCCAAGACCAAGUACCAGAACCCCACCGACCCGAACGACGGCAUCUUCCAGUACACGAAGAACUUCCAGGGCUCGCUCUUUGACUACUACGCCCAGCACCCGGCCGAGGGCGCCGUCUUCAACAACGUGAUGGGCAGCGUCAUGGCCAAGCAGGCGGGCAUGCUGGACAUCAUCCCCUACGACCGGCUGGCGGACGACCAGCCCGACGAGUCUGGGACCCCGCUCCUGGUCGACGUGGGCGGCAACGUCGGCCACGACAUGAACAAGUUCCUAGGCAAGAAGCCCGGCCUCGCGGGGCGGUUGGUGCUGCAGGAUCGCCCGGAGGUCGUGCGCCAGGCGAUCUGUCCCGCCGAGGUGCGCGCCAUGGCGCAUGAUUUCUUCACGCCGCAGCCGGUGAAGGGCGCGCGCGCUUACUACCUACACGGGGUCCUGCACGACUGGUCGGAUGCGCUGGCCCGGCAGAUCCUGGAGCACCUGCGCGAUGCGAUGACCCCCGGGUACAGCACCCUGUUGAUCCACGACCAUGUGAUUCCGGCGGUCGGGGCGCAUCCGCAGGCCACGGGCUACGAUCACACCAUGAUGGUGCUCGUGUCGGCGUUCGAGCGCACCGAGGGCAUGUGGCAGGACCUGUUGGCGUCGGUGGGGCUGCGCGUGGUGAAGAUCUGGAGUUCGCCGCUGGCGACGCAGAGUGUUAUUGAGGCGAAGUUGAGUACGGACAGUUAG